AUGAGGCAGUUGCCCAGGGCAGAGUUUGGCCCAGAUGCCCAGCUCAGGCUGGGAGGCGGGUGCCCGUGUGCCAACAGCUCGUGGGUCAGUGACCACAUUUGCUGUUUCUCAGAGUUGCACAAGUCGGAGUUGGACAGUCUCUCUGUGCAGUGCCCGUACAGCAAGUCAGGGUACAGUACAGGGAAAAAAGCCUGGUGUCGAAGAGAAGGUCAGAAUGAGUGUAAAGUCGUGGUGAGCACAGAUUACACUUCAACAUGGCAUAACAGCAAAGCUCUGGAAGACAGAACAUUGAUCCAGGAUGACACCCAGAAAAGGACUGUCACCAUUACCAUGCAGAAGCUGCAGGUCCAGGACACCGGUGUGUACCGAUGUGACCUCUACAGAGGCUCUCACCUUACCCGGAUAAUGGAGGUCAGCCUCUCUGUGUCCAAGAGGACCCAAAAAUACACAGCCAAGGAGUCAGGCGAUGUCUCUGUCCAGUGUCGAUAUAGUGCCCCAGACUAUGGGGUUGUGAACAAAGCCUGGUGCAAAGAGGGAGCUAAGAAAGCAUGUACCAUACUGGUCAACACGAAUAGGAAGCCUUCAGGGUACCUCAGGACACCUCAGCAAGGCAGAGUCACGAUCCGGGAUGACACCCAGCAGGGAAUUGUCACCAUCACCAUGGAGAAGCUGCAGGCACAGGACGCUGGCAUGUACUGGUGUGCGCUUUAUGAACACUCUCAUCUCUUCCGAAUGGUGGAGGUUAUGCUCAUAUCGGCUGGAACAACUUCGUCAGGUACUACAGGCACAAGUCAAGCAACCCCUUCUCUCAACAUCCCAGAACCGAGCUCAAAUGUAAACAGCUUCAUCCUACUCUAUGGGGUCCUGAGCAUCGUGCUCAUCCUGACACUUGUCAGCCUGAUAACACUGUGCAUCAGACGGCGCAAGCAGCUGAAGAGAAAAGGUAACAGACAAGCAGAGGACACCUAUGACAAAGCAGAGGACAUAGCACAGCUUGACAGCACUGAAAGAAUGGAAGGUCCUGAGGAUGACAGCGAAGACCUAAAAUAUGUUACCCUGAACUUUAAAUCCCGACUCAGCCCUGAGGAUCCUCUCUAUUGUAAUGUUGAACCAAGUCAGGCUCACAGGAAACCCAAAGAUGAAAAUGUGGAAUAUGCUAUCAUUGCACUCAAGCAAUUACCAACGAAUGAUAAAGGAUAA